AUGGACGCUUGGAAGCCAGUGCUGGCCACGGCGCUGGUGCCAACGCUGGGAGUGGGAGUCCUCAGCCGCGAAAGCGUUUUCCGGCGGCUCCUGGUUCAGUUCUUCCUCCUCGCCUUGCGCGUGUCGACACCCACGGCGGUGGUGUUUUUGCUGCGCAGCGUUUGGCUGUACGUGGGCCCGCGCCACUUCCACCCCCGGAAGCUCUUGAAGUAUGGCCUCAUCUCCUGGAGCCUCGCGGAGACCCUCUUCUGGAUCUAUAUCUGGCAAUACGCACGCUUCCUGAACGGCCAGACCACUCGGCGCUGGCGCGCGGUGAACGUGCACAACACACCAGAGAAGCGGAGAGCCUCUAUGGAGAGAUACCUUCAGGCGCUGGCUCAGGUGUGUCGCGGAGGGUCUGCCUCCCCAGAGAAGGAGACCAACGGCCUGGGCGGGUUGAGCAGCCUGGGCCGGAAGGCGCGCCUGAGUACGGGUCACGAUGACGUGCAUAUUUCGGUCUCCAAAAUCCGCACGGAGCGCAUGGUGAAGUGGCUGGCCGAGAUGCAGCUGGUCCAAAAGCAGAAGAGAGCUGUCACAGCCGGGCGCGCGAUGCGUGUCAUUGCAGCAACCCAGAAGGAGGAUGCCUACCAGUACGGCUUCGAAACCAAGAAGCAGACCCGCACUUUUUGGUCUCAUAGUUGGAGGACACCAGUGUGGAAGAAGGCAGGGCUGCUGUUUCUUUGCUACAACGGCCUUGCCGCGACCAUCAUCGCCAGCUUGGGUGCGGGAGUGCCUUUCGGUCUCAGCUCCGGCAACCUGAUUCCAGGCUACACCAAGCAAGCAUGGUCGGGAUUUCCCGUCGAGAUCGGGCCCUGGUGCCUUUUGACAGGCUUUCUGCUGUUCUGCAUCGUUGUAUACCUCUGGCGGUCUCAGGAACUUGUGUGGAUUGACUUGGUGUGCAUUCAUCAAACUGAUGCCGUGCUGAGACAGCAGGGUAUCCGGAGCCUUGCGGGAAACAUCAAGAACGCCAAGGGGAUGAUAGUGGUGUGGGAUGACACAUGGGUUGAUAGAUUGUGGUGCAUUUUUGAGUUGGCUGCAUUCAUGAAGAGUCAGGGGCAAGCAGCAAAGCAGCACCUCACCAUACUUCCGACGACUUGGUACAGUUUCUGGGUAGCGCAAUUCGGGCUCGCCUUUGCGGUUAUGCUUGGCAAUAUCAUGCUUCCCUUUGAGAAUAUGCUUCCUGCCGUCCUUGGCCUUCUGGGUUUUUUGACAGCUGCGAUAGUGCUUGAGAUGCUGAUUUUCAACUUCUACUCUCAGGUUGAUGCUCUGGAUGCUCGCUUGCGGAACUUUUCACUGGACAAUACUCAGUGCGCUUGCUGCACCUCAGGUCACCGGGACAAAGAUGGCAUGGUGGUGGGCUGUGAUAAGGACGUGUUGGUUCAGUGCAUGUGCCAAUGGUUCGGCUCAGCAGAGGCCUGUGAGGCCAAUAUUUCCUCCACGGUGGCGGAUGCCUUGAGGGAGAAGCUGGGGAAGUUCCCUUACCCCUACUGGGCGAUGCUCUCCACCUGCUUGCCACUGGUUUGGGCCUACAUGGACCAUGCAGCUGCGAGGAUCCGGGAAGAAAGCUGGCAACAAGCCGGCGCAGUGGUUCUUGACUUCCUGGCCUGGUAUUUCAAUGUUCUCCCAGCCAUCGCAACUUUUACCAUCGCCAUGGUGCGCAAGACGCGCACAUGCUCCACAAUUCGUUUAAACCGCUGGCUCUGCCGAAUAGCACAUGUCAUGUUUCACCUCCUGGCUCAGGCCGGCGAUCGUCUCUGCAUCUCUUUGGCAACAGAGAGGUUGCAAAGUGAGGCUCUCUUCUUCGCCGCAUCCUUGGUUCCAGCGCUCGCUGCUUGGUGGGCCCGCAGAAUCUGA